CUCAAAAAUUAUGUUCUUAUUACUGAGGACUGCUGAUGGCAGUUUAAAAAACAUGACAAACGUGGGAUAGGAUCUACCAGAAACUAGAGCUUGUUUUACUUUUCUAAAACUCCUCCUUCCAUCAAUUAUUACUGUCUUUGAAUAGACAAAGUCCAUUAUUAGCAAAAUAAUGCAAGGUUUCUCAAUGGAGCUUGUUCUCUGUUUGCUUCUUUUCUUUAUUACAAGAACUUCUGCACUAAACACUAUUACACCAGGCCAAUCCAUAAAAGAUGGUGAAACUCUGGUGUCAGCUGGUGGAAGCUUUGAACUGGGAUUUUUCAGUCCCGGGAAUUCUAAGAGUCGAUAUCUAGGAAUUUGGUACAAGAAAGUAUCAAGUGGGACUGUUGUAUGGGUAGCGAACAGGGAAGCUUCUAUUUCUGAUACCUCAGGCGUUCUAAGUAUCAGUGACAGGGGAAUUCUCGCAAUUUUGAAUAGCACCAAUAGCGCUGUUUGGUCUUCCAAUACAUCAAGAAAUGCAAAGGACCCAGUUGCACAACUCCUGGAGUCGGGUAAUUUUGUGGUGAAAGACAGAAAUGAUGAUGAUACGGAGAACCUUCUUUGGCAGAGUUUUGAUUAUCCUUGUGAUACCUUUCUACCAGGAAUGAAGAUUGGAAGAAACUUUGUCACUGGUUUUGAUAGGUAUAUAUCAUCCUGGAGAAGCACAGAAGACCCUGCUCCAGGCCAAUAUAGUAUCAGGAUAGAUCCUCGGGGGUUGCCACAGUUUGUUCUUAAGAAGGGACCUGAAAUAUUGUUUAGAGCAGGAUCAUGGAAUGGUGUUUACUUUACAGGGAAACCAGUGCUUAAAGCUAAUCCAGUAUAUUCAUAUGAGUUCGUCUUGAAUAAGAAUGAGGUCUACUACAAAUAUGAGAUGCAAAACAGUUCCACCUUUUCAAGGUACUUAUUGAAUCCAUCAGGUCUAGCACAACGCUCCAUAUGGAAUGAGAGAAAAAAUGACUGGGAGGUUUUCUCAAUAGCACAAGCAGAUCAGUGUUCAAUCUAUGCCUUUUGUGGAGCAUAUGCUACUUGCACCACCAACAAGUCUCCUCCAUGUACAUGCUUGGAAGGGUUUGUGCGGAGUUCAGCAUCCUCCACAGAUUUGAACUCUGUAGAUUGGUCAGAUGGAUGUACUCGAAGGACACCAUUGACGUGUGAUGAUGGAGAUAGCUUUCUCAAGCAGACUAGAUUAAAAAUACCAGAUACAUCGAUAUCUUGGGCAGACAUGAGCAUAAAUCUCAAGGAAUGUGAGAAUUUGUGUUUGAAAAAUUGCUCUUGCACAGCUUAUGCAAAUUUAGAUAUCAGAGAGGGAGGCCAUGGCUGCUUGCUGUGGUUUGGGGACCUAAUUGACAUCUCAGACUUCACGGAGGGUGGACAAGACAUUUACAUCAGGCUGGCCACUUCAGAUCUAAAUCACAUUCAACGCAAAGGAAAGUUGAAGGAAAAGCAAAAAGCAGGAAUUAUAAUCAUCUCUCUCAUUAUAGCCACAGGAAUGAUGAUAGUUGCAUUUUUGUUGUAUAUCCGGAAGAAAAAGCUUAGAAAAGCAGGUGAACAGGAAAAGGAAGAACUAGAAUUGCCAGUAUUUGAUUUCGCGACGAUAGCUAAGGCAACAAAUAACUUCUCAAGAAACAACCAGCUGGGACAAGGUGGAUUUGGUCCUGUGUACAAGGGUACAUUGAUAGAGGGGCAAGAAAUAGCAGUAAAGAGACUUUCAAAGAAUUCAGGACAAGGACCAGAAGAGUUCAAAAAUGAAGUAACAUUGAUUGCCAAACUUCAGCACCGCAAUCUUGUAAAGCUCUUUGGUUGUUGCAUCAGGAGAGAUGAAAGGAUGUUAAUCUAUGAGUACAUGCCUAACAAAAGUUUGGACUACUUUAUUUUCGAUCCAACAAGAAGCAAAUAUCUGGACUGGCACAGCCGCAUGCAUAUUGUUGAUGGAAUUGCUAGAGGGCUUCUUUAUCUCCACCAUGACUCUAGAUUGAGGAUUAUCCAUAGAGAUCUCAAAGCAAGCAAUAUCUUACUAGAUAAUAGUAUGAACCCAAAGAUUUCAGAUUUCGGGUUGGCUAGGAAGUUUGGAAGUGAUCAGACUGAGGCCAAUACUAAAAGAGUGGUCGGAACAUACGGUUAUAUGUCACCUGAGUAUGCCUUUGAUGGGCUUUUCUCAAUGAAAUCUGACGUCUUUAGCUUUGGAGUUUUGGUUCUGGAGAUAGUAGCUGGAAAGAGAAACAGAGGAUUUUCCCAUCCGGAACAUGACCAUAAUCUUCUUGGACAUGCAUGGAGAUUGUGGAUGGAAGAGAGGCCAUUAGAACUAAUUGACAAUGCAUUAGGUAACUCUUAUAUUGUGGCUGAAGUUUUAAGAUGCAUCAAUGUAGCUCUAUUAUGCGUGCAGCGACACCCUCAAGACAGACCUAACAUGUCAAUGGUGCUGCUGAUGUUGUCCGGCGAGACUAUAUUGCCUCAACCGAAGCAGCCUGGCUUUUUCAUUGAAAGAAAUCUGCCACUGACUUAUUCUAAAUCAGUCAAGCAUGAACCAUUCUCAGUAUAUGGAUCAAAUAUAACAGAGCUAGAACCACAAACCUUCACACAAGACAUUAUUAUUCCAGGACAGUCCAUAAAAGAUGGUGAAACUCUUAGAUCAGCUGGUGGAAGCUUUGAACUGGGAUUUUUUAGUCCUGGAAGUUCGAAGAACAGAUUUGUAGGAAUAUGGUACAAGAAAAUAUCUCCUGGCACUGUUGUUUGGGUUGCGAACAGGGAAACUCCCAUUUCUGAUAGGUCAGGAGUUCUAAAUAUCACCAGUCAAGGAAUUCUUGCUCUUUUGAAUAGCAGCAAUAGUCUUGUUUGGUCUUCAAAUACAUCAAAAAUUGCAGAGAGUCCAGUUGCACAGCUCCUGGAGUCAGGAAAUCUUGUAGUGAAAGAAAGAAAUGACGACAACUUAGAGAACGUUUUGUGGGAAAGUUUUGACUAUCCUUGUGAUAACCUUUUAUCUGGAAUGAAGCUGGGAAGAAACUUUGUCACCGGUUUUGAGAGGUAUAUAUCAUCCUGGAAAAGCACAGAAGAUCCUACUCCAGGCCAAUAUUCUUUAAGGAUCGAUCCUCGCGGAUAUCCACAAUUAGUUCUUAAGAAGGGAUCAGAAAUAUUGUUUAGAGCUGGGUCAUGGAAUGGUCUAUAUUUUUCAGGUAAGUCUGGUCUUGAGCAAAAUCCAGUAUAUUCAUAUGACUUUGUCUUGAAUAACAUGGAGGUCUAUUACAAAUAUGAGCAUCGGAACAGUUCAUUUGUGUCGAGGUAUUCACUGAAUCCACUGGGUGCUAUUCAGCGUUUCAUGUGGAAUGAGAGGAAAAAUGAUUGGGAGAUUUUCUCUACGGCUCAGGCAGAUCAAUGCGCAAUCUAUGCCUUUUGUGGAGCAUAUGCUACUUGCACAACCAAUAAGUCUCCUCCAUGUACAUGCCUGGAAGGCUUCGUGCCGAGGUCAACUAAUUCAGGAGAUUUGAAUUCUGUAGAUUGGUCUGAUGGAUGUAUUAGGAGGACACCCUUGGUUUGUGAGGGUAAAGAUGGAUUUCUUAAGCACACAGGGUUAAAGUUACCUGAUACGUCACAUUCUUGGGCUAACAAGAGCAUAAGCCUCCAGGAAUGUGAGAAAAUAUGUUUGAGAAAUUGUUCUUGCACAGCAUAUGCAAAUUUAGAUAUUUUGAAACGAACAGGAUGCUUGAUCUGGUUUAAUGAUCUGACUGACAUGACCGAAUUCACCGAGGUGGGACAAGACCUCCAUAUACGGCUGGCUGCUUCAGAGCUAGAUCGCAUUCAAAGUAAAAGGCAGUCAAAGGAAAAGCUUAAAGCAGGAAUUAUAGCCAUCUCCAUUGUAAUUGCUACAGGAUUGACGAUACUGGUAUUUGUGUUGUAUGUAUGGAAGAAAAAGUUUAGGAAGGAAGAUGAGAAGAAGGAAGAGAUGGAGUUGCCUAUGAUUGAUUUUGCAACCAUAGCUAAUGCAACAAAUAACUUCUCAGAAAACAACAUGCUUGGGCGUGGUGGCUUUGGUCCUGUGUAUAAGGGUAUUUUGGUAGAGGGGCAAGAAAUAGCAAUAAAGAGACUUUCGAAGAAUUCUGGACAAGGCCUUGAAGAGUUCAAAAACGAACUUACACUGAUCGCCAAACUUCAGCAUCGAAAUCUUGUGAAGCUUUUUGGUUGUUGCAUUAAGGGAGAGGAAAGGAUGUUAAUCUAUGAAUACAUGCCCAACAAAAGUUUGGACUAUUUUAUUUUUGAUAAAACAAGAAGCAAAGUACUAGACUGGCAUAGGCGCAUACGUAUUGUUGAUGGAAUUGCUCGAGGGCUUCUUUAUCUUCACCAUGACUCUAGAUUGAGGAUUAUCCAUAGAGAUCUCAAAACAAGUAAUAUUUUACUGGAUAAUAGUAUGAAUCCAAAAAUUUCAGAUUUUGGCUUGGCUAGGAAGUUUUGUGCAGAUCAGACUGAGGACAAGACUAAAAGAGUGGUUGGAACAUAUGGUUAUAUGUCUCCAGAGUAUGCCUUUGGUGGGCGUUUCUCUCCGAAAUCAGACGUCUUCAGCUUUGGAGUGUUGGUUCUGGAGAUUGUAACUGGGAAACGAAACAGGGGAUUCUCAGGUCCAGAUCAAGACCAAAGUCUCCUUGGACAUGCUUGGAGAUUGUGGAUGGAAGAGAGGCCAUUAGAACUAAUUGACAAUGCAUUAGGCGACUCUUAUAAUGCAGCUGAAGUGUUAAGAUGCAUCAAUGUAGCUCUCUUAUGUGUGCAACAACACCCGGAAGACAGACCAAACAUGUCAUUGGUGCUGCUCAUGUUGUGCGGUGAGAGUACAUUGCCUCACCCAAAGCAGCCUGGCUUUUUCUUGGAAAGGAAUCUGCCUCCUGCAACUGAUUCUGCAUCAAGCAAGCAAGAAUUGUGCUCACUGGGUGGAUCUACCAUUACAGCAUUAGAGCCACGCUAGAAGCUCAUAUAUGAUAAAAAUUCAUAGAGGAUUCCUAGGAAUAAGUAAAACAUUUAAACAUUUCACCAUAAAUGGCAAUGAUUUUUUCAUGAUUUUUCUCAUUUGGUGCUGGUAGUCAGUUUUUGCUGUCUAUUGAAGUUCAACAGAAGUGGAAUUCUUAUUC